AAAGCGAAAUUUUGGUUUUGACAAAAAAAACGAACUGAAACUGAAUCCACUGGAGGGACUGAUUUCUCUACCCGCUACUAGUAACAGCGAAAGUAAACAUUUCGACCUUGAAGCUCGCCAACAAUGGCAGAAACGGAGGAACCCGCAAUACCCUUUAAGAAUCUCAGUAGCAGAGAGUACCAGGGCCACAAGAAGAAAGUGCAUUCUGUGGCUUGGAACUGCACGGGGACGAAGCUCGCGUCGGGUUCUGUUGAUCAAACUGCUAGGGUUUGGCACGUUGAGCCCCAUGGACAUGGUAAGGCUAAAGAUAUUGAAUUGAAGGGGCACACAGAUAGUGUGGAUCAGCUGUGUUGGGACCCCAAGCAUGCUGAUUUAAUUGCCACUGCCUCUGGGGACAAGACGGUUCGUCUUUGGGAUGCUCGGAGUGGAAAAUGUGCACAGCUAGCAGAACUUAGUGGGGAGAACAUUAACAUCACCUAUAAACCUGAUGGGACGCACAUCGCCGUUGGUAAUAGGGAUGAUGAACUAACAAUUUUGGAUGUUCGGAAGUUUAAGCCAAUUCACAAGCGAAAGUUCAAUUAUGAGGUUAAUGAAAUUGCUUGGAGCACAACAAGUGAAAUUUUCUUCUUGACGACUGGAAACGGUACGGUUGAAGUACUAGCAUACCCAUCUCUUAAACCAGUUGACACCCUCAUGGCUCAUACGGCUGGGUGUUAUUGCAUUGCCAUCGACCCACUUGGAAGAUAUUUUGCUGUUGGGAGUGCUGAUUCCUUGGUGAGCCUGUGGGAUAUCUCAGAGAUGCUCUGUGUGAAAACAUUUCCAAAACUUGAAUCGCCUGUGAGGACAAUAAGCUUCAACCACACUGGAGAGUAUCUUGCAUCUGCCAGUGAAGACUUAUUCAUUGAUAUAUCAAAUUUGCAAACCGGCCGGACAGUACAUCAAAUUCCAUGUAGGGCUGCCAUGAACAGCGUUGAGUGGAAUCCCAAAUCCAAUCUACUUGCAUAUGCUGGAGAUGACAAGAACAAAUACCAAACCGAUGAAGGUGUUUUUAGGAUAUUUGGCUUCAAAAGUGCAACCUAAGCUUUGCGCUUCUCUUUUGGCUUGUAAAUGGAGCAGUCUUGUGCAUGUGUUAGUCGUGUGGUUCUGAACUUACAUUACGUUCAAAAGAACGACUAUGCUGACAGUUCUAUUUUCAAGACGAGGCUCCGUGCGGACUUUCAAGUAAAUUUAUUUGAUUCUAAACUUUCAUAUUGUUGAAAACAAGUAUCGCGCGAUAUAGAUUUACAAUUUUAUUCUCGAUAAAAAGUGUGUAGUAUGACACAAUUGUAUUGCUGUAUUGAAUGAAUUAUGAGAAGUUAACAUUGAAUUGA